CCCGCUCCACUGGGCACUUGUAACAUUAUAUCCUAUGGUUAUAUCUAAUGUUUAUGGAUUUAGUGCUGUGCCUCAGCCGGUGUCCCCCAACACUAACGUGUUAUUAGCGGUAAAAACAUGGAGGUGACAGCUGCACGCCGCUCGAUUCUUUGUGAUAUCGGUUUCUGGGCGGACCGGACGGCCCUGCACGAGGCAGCGUUCCACGGCAGGGUGCUGCAGGUGAAACAGCUGAUAGAGAGGGGAGCCUCGGUCAACAUGGUGACGGUGGACAACAUCACUCCGCUCCACGAGUCCUGCAUGCAGGCUCAUCCAAAGUGUGCCCAGCUGCUGCUGGAGGCUGGAGCCCAGGUGGAUGUUCGGACCAUCCAUGGCAGCACCCCUCUCUGUAACGCCUGUGCCUCUGGCAGCCUGGAGUGUGCCAAGCUGCUGCUGGAGUAUGGAGCCAAAGUGAACCCGUCCCUCACAGCUCUCACUGCCUCGCCGCUCCAUGAGGCCUGCAUACGAGGUAGUGUCGACGUUGUGAGGCUGAUGAUAGCCAGCGGUGCUAAGCUUGAGGCGUAUGAUGUCUACUUUGGACCUCCACUCCACAUCACAUGUGCUAAAGGACACGUGGACUGUGUGAAGGAGCUGCUGAUUGCAGGUGCCAAAGUGAAUUCAGUGAAGUUCCAUGAGACAGCUCUGCACCAUGCAGCUCGAGCCCACAUGGUGGACAUGAUUGAGCUGUUGGUGGAGUUCGGAGCCAACGUAUAUGCUAGUGACAACCUGGGAAGAAAACCUGUGGACUACACAACACCUGCGUCUCCCUCUCACACCUGCCUGGAGUUUUAUGAAAGUAAUCCUCUGAGCCUGCAGCAGCUCUGUAGAAUCACUGUGAGGAUGACGCUUGGCACCAGAGCCUCAGAGGUCAUAGGUCAGCUGAACGUAUCCCCCCGCAUCCACAGCUACCUCCAGCACUGUGACCGUCCCCCAUCACUGCAGAGGGACACAUGAACGGAUAUAUGAGAGACUGCAUCAUGGACAACAUAUCUACUUAUAAUUUAAAACAUAUUAGGUUAUCCAUCAUAAAUUGAUUAAUGUAUGUCAUGUCCCAUACACAGAUGUAAUAUAUGUACAUAUAUUGAAUUUUCAUAAAUGAAAUAUAUAUACAUAUAAAAUAAAAACAUAUUUGUAAUAAUGACAUAUAAAACCUAUUAGAAAUUGUAACAGUUUGACAUAUAUGUAUAACCCAUACAAAUAUGUAUGUUUAUGCAUAUGCUUAUAUAGUACAUUACAUAUAUUUAAGUUACAUAUGUUACAUGAAUAUAUAUCCAUCCGAAAGCCUGUUGAUAUUAUAUAUUAUUUAUUAUUAGUAUAUUACAGGAUAGAAAUCUUAAAUUUAUGAGAAAUGAAUAAGAAAAACAUGAUAAUCAUAUAGAUUUUUUAAAUGUAUGUUGUUUUAAUAGAUGCAACAUGUCAUAUACGGUAAAAAUUCAUCUAAUCGAUAUUUUUAAUGUAUGUAAAUAUACAAAUUUUACCAUGGGUUUUUCAUCUAUGUUAUGAACUUAAAUCUUCAUAUAUCCAGAGAAUGUAUACAUGAAAUAAUGAUAAUAAUAAUAAUAAUAAUAAUAAUAUAUCCCCUUAUAGUUAACAUAUAUAGGAACUUAACUCUUGAUAAAGGGACAUAUAUGUCAUAUAUUACAUUUCUGUGUGGGUUGACGGGAAUUAUGUCGUCAUUGCAUCAUUACGUCUUAAAUUAUGUCCAUGUCGUUGUAUUAUGAUAUAAUGUCGUGUAUUAUGUAACAUUAUUUAUAUUGAAGAAUAAAUACUGGUGUU